AUGUCGUUCAUGGAGAGAUUUAGGAGGUUGUAUGAUUUAUCGAUUCAUAAGGACCUGUCAGUGGGAGAGAUGAACAUUUUGGGUUGGGGUGAAAAUGGAGAGGCUUGGAGGUGGAGGCGACGUUUGUUAGCUUGGGAGGAGGAGUUGGUAGCGGAGAUUAGGAAUUUGCUUACUAAUGUUACUUUGCAGGAUACUGAAUCAGAUGUCUGGCUUUGGCGGCCCAACAUUGGUGAUGGAUACACUGUUCGUGGUGUGUAUCAAAUGCUCUUGCGGCAGGAGAUGCACAACUAUGACGUUGUCUCGGAUGCUCCGUGGCAUAAGAGUGCUCCGUUGAAAGUCUCUAUUUGCGCGUGGCGUGUUCUCCGCAAUAGAUGGCCAACUAAGGAUAACUUGGUGCGACGAGGUGUUAUUUCUCAUGAUUCUCAAUUAUGUGUUACAGGUUGUGGACAAAAUGAAACAAUAGACCACUUAAUUAUUCAUUGUCCUAUUUUUGGUGAUCUUUGGCAACAAAUUAAAACUUGGAUUGGCGUGUUUUAUGUGGAUCCUCAUCAGAUUUUGGACCAUUAUUAUCAGUUUGUUUAUUCUUCAGGUGGUUAUGCUCCAAGAAGGUCUUUUCUUCAUUUGAUUUGGCUUUGUGGUAUUUGGGUUCUUUGGAAUGAAAGAAAUAAAAGAUUGUUUGUCAACACAACUAAAACAACAGAGCAACUUCUUGAGAAGGUUAAGAUUACAUCUCUCAAAUGGUUGAAAGCAAAAAAUGUAUGCUUUUCUUUUGGAUAUCAUUUGUGGUGGCAGCGUCCACUUGCUUGUUUAGGGAUUGGCUGA